CCAUCAUGCGCUCAGAAUGGAGAUUCGCAGUUGCAACUCGCUGGUCAAGAAGGAUUAGCAGAGCAAAUUAGGCAUUAGGAUUUAACACAGGCUCAAUAUUGGUUGGUGAUCUUGUUCUGCCAUCUCGCAUCAUGGCCUCAGACGACGAAGCACAAGAUUUUUUAGCCUUUGGCCAUAACCUUGUCGAGCCUCGAGACAUCAAAGUUUCAGGCGAGGCUCUGAUUGAUUUUGAUGGCUUGCUAGCACCGCCCUUACGAUUGCAUGAAGAUUUGGCCGAAGGAUGCGGAGGACAACUUUGGCCCGCUGGUAUGGUGCUGGCAAAGUAUAUGCUGAGGCAUAAAGAUUUGAUCAAGAACAAAACGAUAAUUGAACUUGGGGCAGGUGGUGGGCUUGUUGGACUUGCAAUCGCAGUAGCCUCACAAGCUGCGUUCCAAAAACCACUUCAUAUCACGGAUCAAAUACCAAUGCUAGCCUUGAUGCAGAAAAACAUAGCUCUGAACGGCCUUCAAGAAAACGUCGUGGCUUCAGUCUACGACUGGGGAACUCCUCCUCCAGCGAAUAUACCGAAUAAGCCUGAUGUUGUCCUCGCUGCUGAUUGUGUUUACUUCGAACCAGCAUUCCCUCUACUCCAGAAGACGAUGAAAGAUCUUAUCGGCGACUCAACAGUUUGCUAUUUUUGUUUCAAGAAGCGGAGAAGAGCCGACAUGCAUUUCAUCAAAGGCAUCAAGAAGAUGUUCAAUGUUGAGGAAGUGAAUGAUGAUCCAGACAAAGCAAUUUACGGGAGAGAAAACAUAUUCUUACUCAAGAUCACCAAGCGAUGAGAAUGGAUUUUCGAACGGCUUGGCUUCUCUUUAACCGUUUGUACCAGGCUGGAUAAGCACAAGCCAUUUAAUUUAACACGUUUAAGGAGUAUCAGCGACCAAAUGCAAAGCACGAUAGGCACCAAGAUCGAGGGGAAAUCUUCCAGUAGUGGCUGAAAUUACACCACAAGAACUUUCAAUCGUGGGAAAAAAUGUUUGCUGGAGUCUUUCUGUGGUUCCGUAGAUUAACGGUAGUAUGGAUAUCUUGAUUACUUUCCCAUACAUUCACGUGACUGGUGUUUCCUCGAAUUUGAGGGUUGCCGUUCUCACUGCCGUUUGCGUGGAGCGGUUGGACAAGACAUAGCGACAACGCGACCUUCUGAAUGGCCGAUUCGUUGUCCGAAUUCAUCAUCAAAUAUCUCACUUGCUUCCG